AUGGAACGCAUUUACAUACUGGGGCUUGGGAAUGUCGGAAAACUGCUCGCUCACGCCGUCAGGACUCUUCCGGAGCAGCCAAAAGUGACGUUGCUUCUGCACCGGGAGUCGCUGCUGGAGGAAUGGGAGGCAGGCGGCAAGAGCGUGGUGGUAGAGGGGGAAGAUGGCAUCAACUGCAGCACGGGGUACGACGUUGAACUUGUCGUUCCGGACCAACGUAUAUCGGCACCAAUUCACCACCUGUUUGUUGCCACGAAGACUUUCACGACCGCAUCUGCACUCGAAUCCAUUCGAGAUCGAAUUUCGUCGACGACGAGAAUCUAUUUCUUCCAGAAUGGCAUCGGAACGGUCGACGAGGUUCUGCAGAAAGUCUUCCCGGACAGCCACCCAGCACCUCUUCUCUUCCAGGGAAUUCUGUUCCACGGCACACAGCCGCUCGAUGAUUACGCCUUACGAAUGCUUCAAAAAUGUCCCCAGCUCAACACGGUCAUCGUUCCGGAAGACGAGCUGUAUUUCACCCAACUAGAAAAGCUAGCCGUGAACGCCAUCAUCAAUCCUCUAACCGCAAUAUCGGACGCCCCAUGUGGGAUGCUGAAGCCGCAAGAAGCAACCGUCAGCAAAGUGGUGCGGGAGAUCGCGCGAGAAAUCUCGACCAUCCUCUGUGCACUGCCCGAAAUAGCGGGAAAUGUCGACUUGAAGGCACGAUAUGGGAUGGAACGUCUGGAAGCGCUGGUGUACAAGACCGCCCGAAUUUGUGGCGACGAUUUCGCGCCCAGCAUGCUGGACGACGUGCGCGCUCGUCGACAAACCGAGAUCCAUCAUAUCAAUGGGUUUUUGCUUCGCCGGGCCGAAGAAUUGAAGAUUCCUUGCCCGGUGAAUCGAACGCUGGUUCAACUGGUGGAGGCUAAAGCUGCGAGAAUGUGA